CUCCACUCUUUGUCGUUGUCUGCCUUCGUGUUUUGCAUUCCCAUCUAAAUGCAACCACCAUUUACUCUACAAUUACACAACCUCAUGAUCAUCACAUUUUGUUGUCUUUGCCAAAGUCUACUAUUACAUAGGAUGUCGAACGAAUCCGUAGACAAGCACCUCAAAAAAGGCCGUAUCGGUUUUUGGUUGCUAGUGGUCGCUGCGGUACUGCAAACAUCCGUUUUCAUCUCGAAAUGGAUCGAAGGCAAGCAUACAAUGUUUGACGCCGCUGCAGUCGUCAAUGCAUGUCUGUUGUGUUGGUGGGCUUGGGGAGUAGCGAGGAAGAAUGAGAAGAUAGCAAGAGAGAUGGUGGAGAAUGGCGGAGUUGCCGAUAUCGAGAAGGGCAAUAUGUGCAAGAGGGACGAGAAGGAGAAGGCGGGCUUGGGAGGUAUAACAGAGGAAGGGAAACAGGGCUCGGAGGUAACGACAGCAGAGAUAGAGGAAAAAGCGUUGAAAGAAGAGACGACGACGAAGGAGAAGUUGGAAUUGGAGAUGUAGGGAAGGAGCGGCUUGCUCAUCGUUCUGGACGCUGGUGCGCUCAGAUACGACUUCCUCGAACAGUGGAUCGUCUGGCAGCUACAAUAACGCGCCAAGUGAUUACAGAUCUUCAACAACUUCGCGUCAAGCACGAAUUAUAUCAUUCUAU